UUCCUUGCCCUUCCCUUCCCUGCUCUGUCGUUCAUUCAUUACGUUUCUUCCCUAGUUAUUGUAUUCAUCACAGAUUUAUUCUUACAGUCUCGUUAGAUUUUUUUGACUUCAGUAGAGCGAGCGAGAAUACCAAGGAAAUACCUCGAUACAACACCUUUAUUGUCGCCUAAUCACACAUCGUCAAUACCCUCUUGAUCUUGGGAUAGAGGGGUAGAGAAGCCAAACUUUCCAGUUACACAUAUCGCAAACAUCGAAAGAUCUGCCACAUCCCUUCAAUAUCCUCUCACAAAACGAGUGAAUAUACUGAACGCAUUCAGCUCCUGCUUGCACAACCCGAAAAUUCCCUCUUUUUGCUUCGUCAUUGGAUCCUGAUAUUGUAUAACGACGACACAUUUUCCAUUUUUGAGCACUUUAAGCCAAGAAGCGGUGCUUGAGUGCGUGGGGCUUCCAACACGAGUGGCCGCAAAGUUGCUUCUCCCUCCAUUCUCGACUUCAAGAUGACGUUUCUCUCGACGACUUAUCUCAUACCCGGCAUAUUGCUCAACCCCGCCUUCGUAUUACACCUCAUAAAUACCUUCAUUUCACAUCUCGUCCCACCUCCUUCGACAAUGUCAGCUUCUCCACAUCCGAUUUUCGAGAGUCUUGGCCCACUACCAGGUUCGCAAUGGGCACUUGAUAUGCAUGAGGAUGAUGCCUUGUGUUGGAGAUAUACAGCUGUCAUGGUGGUUAUACAAAUGUGGAUUUUUGGUCGGGUUAGUGGUAACAGGAUCUCGAUGAAAGAUGCCAAAGCAGUCAGAAUAGAAAGGGAACGAGCACGCAGAGAACGAAGUGCUAUUAUUGAGGCCGAGUCAACAUCUGCGAAAUUAUCAAAGGGGCUAGAUGGCAUUUGUGAAGCUGAGAAUGGUAGAUUGGGAAAGGCAGACCUUCUUGGACCACACGACGAAUUACUGGAAGCCAGUGAUGGGAAUACGACGGAAACGAGCGAAGAAGAGAUCAUUGUAUAAUGAUGAAAAAUUCUACGAACAUGACUGGUAUGGCGUUUUGGAAAGGGAUACAAUAGACGGAAAACUGCAAAACGAGGCACAGUUAUUGGAUUGGUAGAAAUGAUUGUUACGAUUCUUACGAUUCUUAUGACUGUCAUGACGGUUUGGUGUUGUUGUCUCUUCUGUUGAAGGGAUGAUGCAUUGAGGAGUUAAUUGGAGCUUAUACCUAAGAAUAAAGCAUACCCUAUCGCAUUCAAUUCAUAUCGUUAUA